GCGCGCUGCGGCGCCCCCUGGCGGCGGCGCGCCGGGCCCGCGGGGCUCUUAAAGGCGCCGCGCCCCGGUACCGACCCCCGCCGCCGGUACCGGGAUGGAGGCGGCGGCGGCUACAGCGGCGGCCCCAGGCUGGCGCUGCCGGCCGGGGGGACGGCUGGACAUGAGCCACGGCUUCGUGCGGCACAUUCGCCGCAACCAGCUCGCCAGGGACGCGUACGACCGCGCGGUGCGGCAGGCGCGGGGCCGAGCGCGGACGCGGCUGACACCGGGCCCGGCGCGGCCCCGGCGGCCCGACCAGCAGGUGUACCGGCCGCACCGGGGCGGCGGCGGGCCCGGGGGCGAUGCCAGCGCGGGAUCGCCCCCCGAGAGCCGCGGGGCCCCCCCGGAACCGGCCCGCGGGCCGCGGCUCUUCUGCCUCGAGUACGAGGGGGACGACGGGCGGGUGACGGCCGUGAUCGUGCACCAGGGGGACAGCGCCGAGGAGGUGACCCGGCGGGUGUGUGCCCGCAGCCCCCUGGAGCCCCCCCUGCGCAGGGCCCUGUGCCAGCGCGUGCAGGACGAGCUCAGCAAGCGCCGGGGCACCGGGUGACCCUGGUGUCACAGCCCCGGACGCUGCCACCCCCCGGGACCGCUGCCGUCCCCCCCGGAGUCAAUAAAGGUGCUGCGAGGC